AUGGCCAAGGACAUUGCGCUGGACUUGGAUGAGGAGGCAGAAGCGGCUGAUGAUCAACUGGUUGGAGCCGGUAGCAAGAAUCGAGAAACAACUGCUGUUGACGAGCCAGACUAUAUUAACAAAGAUGACGGUGAGAAUCUGGCGGAGAUAACGGGUGCUGGGGACGGUGAAACGGCCGCGUGUCCGUUGCCGGUUGCGGGACCACGAAGCGAACCGCCUCAAGCGUACGGCGACCAUCCGUCUGGCAAUGAGCAACACCCCACUUCGCGGUCGGAGGUCAAGAGGCGACGCUCAGCUGACGAAGCUGAAACACCGAGCAGUGGCGACGGUGGACAAGAGCACUUCCGGCUAAUCAAGCCACCUAGGCCAGCGAUAGCUACGUCGGAAGCAUUGGCUACAAAUGACAAAAAGGGGUCCGGGACUAAGGAAGGUAUCGCGGCCAGGACAAGGUCGCAGCUGCGGAGAGCACCAUAUCCUGCGACAAACACACCUGGUGAUCAAGAACGAAGGGCAAGUGACGUUGGUCGAACUCCAGAGCAAGGUGCUGCCAACUGCGAUGGCAGCCAAGGUGACGCCAUCGACGAUGCCUGGCAGUCGCCAAUUCCGGCGGGUUGUUCACGACGUCGCGCGAAAAGGUCAGAGAAUGCCGUCGACGCAGAUAUCGGGCACGUUCAGGGCGUUACGUGCUGGAAUUUUAGAUUGAACGACUGGGUCAUCGACCUGACGGCCAAGGACCAGAGCGAGUAUGGAUUAGCCAACACUGAUAAUAACUACUCUGGAAAGAAGGGCUCGUGUGUGGUGAGAGCCGUCGAGAGGACUACGCAGCCGGAACAUACGAUGGCAACACUCAACAUGAUGACUAUGACACCAUCGAGAACGAUGGGGUCGCGCCAGUAG